CCUGUGCCCCACCUUCCCUGCCCGACGAGAAGCAGUGGCUGCCGUCGUCACGUGUGCUGCCAGCCGCCAAGUGAGGCCGCUUUUACGACGCGGUGACAGUCAAAUGGUGCGACAGAAGGAGCUGCGGCAGCGGCCGCAGCGCCCCGCACUGAGAGGUUUGAGGCGACUCUUGGCGUCGCCCAGAGGGAGCGACUAGGCGAACAGUCCGGUGCUGGCGGGCGGGCGGGCGGCCGGCGAGGGGAAGCCCGUUACGAGUGCCCUCGCUCCCCGCCGCUCUCGAUGAACCGGACGGAAUAAGUCGCUCCUCCAGCAGGGGCUGCGCCUCCAUGAAUCUCUAGUUUUUUUUUUUCUUUCUCUCCCCGCUCCUCACCUCUCACCCCAAGUCCCGUCCCGCCUUCUCCCUUCGCCAGCGGCAGCCGCGUCCAGGUGCGGAGUCCAUAGCGGAGCGCAAUGGCGUCCAACCCCGAACGGGGGGAGAUUCUGCUCACGGAACUGCAGGGGGAUUCCCGAAGUCUUCCAUUUUCUGAGAAUGUGAGUGCUGUUCAGAAAUUAGACUUUUCAGAUACAGUGGUGCAACAGAAAUUGGAUGAUAUCAAGGAUCGAAUUAAGAGAGAAAUAAGAAAAGAACUGAAAAUCAAAGAAGGAGCUGAAAAUCUGAGGAAAGUCACAACAGAUAAAAAAAGUUUGGCUUAUGUAGACACCAUUUUGAAAAAAUCAAAUAAAAAAUUAGAAGAACUACAUCACAAGCUACAGGAAUUAAAUGCACAUAUUGUUGUGUCAGAUCCGGAAGACGUUACAGAUUGCCCAAGGACUCCAGAUACUCCAAAUAGUGACCCUCGUUGUUCUACUAGCAACAAUAGAUUGAAGGCUCUACAAAAACAAUUGGAUAUAGAACUUAAAGUAAAACAAGGUGCAGAAAAUAUGAUACAGAUGUAUUCAAAUGGAUCUUCAAAGGAUCGGAAACUUCAUGGUACAGCUCAGCAACUGCUCCAGGACAGCAAGACAAAAAUAGAAGUCAUACGAAUGCAGAUUCUUCAGGCAGUCCAGACUAAUGAAUUGGCUUUUGAUAAUGCAAAACCUGUGAUAAGUCCUCUUGAACUUCGGAUGGAAGAAUUAAGGCAUCAUUUUAGGAUAGAGUUUGCAGUAGCAGAAGGUGCAAAGAAUGUAAUGAAAUUACUUGGCUCAGGAAAAGUAACAGACAGAAAAGCACUUUCAGAAGCUCAAGCAAGAUUUAAUGAAUCAAGUCAGAAGUUGGACCUUUUAAAGUAUUCAUUAGAGCAAAGAUUAAAUGAACUCCCCAAGAAUCAUCCCAAAAGCAGUGUUAUUAUUGAAGAACUUUCACUUGUUGCAUCACCAACACUAAGUCCACGUCAAAGUAUGAUAUCUACACAAAAUCAAUAUAGUACACUAUCCAAACCAGCAGCAUUAACAGGUACUUUGGAAGUUCGUCUUAUGGGCUGCCAAGAUAUCCUAGAGAAUGUCCCUGGACGGUCAAAAGCAACAUCAGUUGCACUGCCUGGUUGGAGUCCAAGUGAAACAAGAUCAUCUUUCAUGAGCAGGACGAGUAAAAGUAAAAGCGGAAGUAGUCGAAAUCUUCUAAAAACCGAUGAUUUGUCCAAUGAUGUCUGUGCUGUUUUGAAGCUCGAUAAUACUGUGGUUGGCCAAACUAGCUGGAAACCUAUUUCCAAUCAGUCGUGGGACCAGAAGUUUACACUGGAACUAGACCGGUCACGUGAACUGGAAAUUUCAGUUUAUUGGCGUGAUUGGCGAUCUCUGUGUGCUGUAAAAUUUCUGAGGUUAGAAGAUUUUUUAGACAACCAACGGCAUGGCAUGUGUCUCUAUUUGGAACCACAGGGUACUUUAUUUGCAGAGGUUACCUUUUUUAAUCCAGUUAUUGAAAGAAGACCAAAACUUCAAAGACAAAAGAAAAUUUUUUCAAAACAACAAGGCAAAACAUUUCUCAGAGCUCCUCAAAUGAAUAUUAAUAUUGCCACUUGGGGAAGGCUAGUAAGAAGAGCUAUUCCUACAGUAAAUCAUUCUGGCACCUUCAGUCCUCAAGCUCCUGGGCCUACUACAGUGCCAGUGGUUGAUGUACGCAUCCCAGAACUAGCACCUCCAGCUAGUGAUUCUACAGUAACCAAAUUGGACUUUGAUCUUGAGCCUGAACCUCCUCCAGCCCCACCACGAGCUUCUUCCCUUGGAGAAAUAGAUGAAUCUUCUGAAUUAAGAGUUUUGGAUACACCAGGACAGGAUUCAGAGACUGUUUUUGACAUUGAGAAUGACAGAAAUAGUAUACUUCCAAAAUCUCAAUCUGAAUACAAGCCUGAUAUUCCUCAGCCAGGCCUAGAAUAUAGUGGUAUUCAAGAACUUGAGGAUAGAAGAUCUCAGCAAAAGUUUCAGUUUAAUCUACAAGAUUUCAGGUGUUGUGCUGUCUUGGGAAGAGGCCAUUUUGGAAAGGUGCUUUUAGCUGAAUAUAGACACACAAAUGAGAUGUUUGCUAUAAAAGCUUUAAAGAAAGGAGACAUUGUGGCUCGAGAUGAAGUAGACAGCCUGAUGUGUGAAAAAAGAAUUUUUGAAACUGUGAAUAGUGUAAGGCAUCCCUUUUUGGUGAACCUUUUUGCAUGUUUUCAAACCAAAGAGCAUGUUUGCUUUGUAAUGGAAUAUGCUGCCGGUGGGGACCUAAUGAUGCACAUUCAUACUGAUGUCUUUUCUGAACCAAGAGCUGUAUUUUAUGCUGCUUGUGUAGUUCUUGGGUUGCAGUAUUUACAUGAACACAAAAUUGUUUAUAGGAAUGGGAUAUGGAGACAGAACAAGCACAUUUUGUGGCACUCCUGAAUUUCUUGCCCCAGAAGUAUUAACAGAAACUUCUUACACAAGGGCUGUAGAUUGGUGGGGCCUUGGUGUGCUUAUAUAUGAAAUGCUUGUUGGUGAGGUAAGCAGUGUGAAAUAGGUAAGAGAACAGGGGAAGGAUGAUUGAAAUAAUAAAGCAAUGUGAUUUAUAAAACCACCUAAUACUAUCUUCAGUAUGAGUGGAAUGGAAUUUAUGUUUUAUAAAUAUUUAUAGUAUACUAGUAGUCAGCUAUCUUUCUUUAAUACCUUCAAUAAAGUUUUUAUGUAGUUUGUGGAAUGCAUUGCCAGUGCUUUGAAAAUAGUUCCUUGCAUUUCAGUAUUGUGCUUUGGUUAUGUUUUCUGAUUUUAAGACAUAGUCUUUAUAGGGAAUAGAAUAAUAGAAGACUGAUAAAAAGAGUGUACUCUGUACCUGUAAAGAAAAGCCCACUAUAGAUUGGUCAGAAAUAAAUGUUACCUUUGACUUCCUCCAGAUGGAAGUGAGUGACACACUGUGCGUCCUUGCCUCACCAGGAAACUAUUAAAGUUCCUGAGGAAGCAAAGUAGAAUUUCAUAAGAACUAAAUGAAUGGAGAGGAGAAAACCUAUGGUGGCUGUGAAGGCCCUGAUGAUGCCAUGGAUUUUUGGCAUGGCAUUUUUCAAAUUGAUAUCAUCCAAUGGCCAUGAAUUUAUUAUAAAAACAGAAUGUGCAUUAACAUCAGGCACGAUAAAAGCCAUGUUGAGGGGCUCAGGUCAGUUUGCUGAGAAUGAAACCAAUUAGAUCAAUUUUAGAGAGAUACCUUCACAUGUGCUCUCAAAAGUAUGCAUGUAUUUUACAUUAACAGCUCUACCGAGAUUCCUGAAUAUCCAAUUGCACCUGAAAUUGCACUAGAACUGCUUAUGGCUACAAACUUCCUAGAUUGUUAAAUAAAAUAAAUUAUAAUUUAGAAAAAGAAAGAAAUGUUGCCUUCAAAAACGGUAGAGUUAAAAAGAUUAGCAUUUUUCUCCUACUGUUUUCUGUAGAUUAACUUAAAUUUCUGAGGAUAAUUGAGUUGUACAUAGAAAUUAUUACCAUUAGGAAAUAGUUACGUUAAAUAAAGCAAUAAUAACAGGCUAAUAAUGUAUUAUGUUAUAAAUUGUUGGGAAUGUUGAAUUGUGGUGAAAUUGGGAAAGAGUAAAUCUUUUAAUAAUUGAAGACUACUUGAAGGGGCAUGAACUGGAGAUGCAAGAAAAUUUACUUUAAGGGAUUGGUUCAUUAUUCUGCAGUUUCCCCAUGCCAACAAUCUUUGUUACACACUUAAAAGUUUAAAGAAGUUAGAAGCUGAAUGAACAAAUCAUCAAAUUGAAUAUCAGAAAUUUCUAAAGUUUUGUUCUGUGUUUCAUUUAUUGGCACUUACCCCAAACAAAUAAAUCGUUUUAGUUUAUCCAAAUGGAUAGCCCCUUUUGGUAUGUCAAAUUGAAGUCGAUUCUUUGUAAAAGGAGAAGUAUGGCUAAUUAAAAUAAAAUUUAUCAUGUGCUAAGCACUGUUCUGUGUGCUUUAAAUAUUCAUUUAAUUUUGUAACAGCCUUUCGUAAGCUCAAUAGUGAUCUUAUGCCCAUUUUCCAAGAUGUAAAUAGAGACACAAAGAGAUUAAUAACUUACUUAACAUCACACAGCUCUCAUGUGGUAGAGCUGGAAUUUUAGCCUUGUCACUCUGGCUCCAGAAUAUAUCUCUAAAGCAUUGUGCUUUGCUGCUCCAGGAUAGGAUAUUCAAUUCAUCCAGCCUUGUUUCUGUUCUUAAGACCAGUGGUUCAGAUCUGAAUUUUCACCUCUAUUUAGAAAAGCUGUUGUGCAGUGUUUAGGUUGGAAAGAUUUAUUUUAGUCCCAGUCCACAGUGGCUUUUACUUUCUGAGAGUGCCAAAAUUUCUCAUAAAAUAAUCCUCUGUAAACUCUGGCAUACUUGAACUCCUCCCCACCCCUUUCUUUAUUUUAAAAGUAACAUUAUGGGGUUUUUUGUUUUGUUUUGUUUAAUAUUCAAGUAAGUAUGAUAUUAUGAGAUUCAAUUAUGUGCUUGCUUAAAACUUGUUCUCCGUGUUAUAGAGGACAUGUAAAAUAUAUGAGUUUAUUAUAAAAUACUGUAGCAUUAAUAGCCAGUUGAUUCUACUCCCUCCUAUUAUAAAGCCACUGGAGGGUUUGGCAGAAAACAAGGAAGCUUCUGUUUCAUAUUUUUUAAAAGAGCUGGUUGAUUGAGCUCUUAAUUACCUAGAAGAUAAAAGACAAUGAAUCUGGCUAUUUCUUCACAGUUGUUUCUUGCAUUUUCUUCUUAGUAUCUCCACAAGCAGGUAGCUGGUAAAAGAACUAAACUUAAAACUCAUCCCCUGACUUGCUGUUUCAGUCCCCCCAAAAAUUAGAUUGUUCCAUGUACUACAUUUGAUUUAAGUAUUUUGAGUGUACUGCAUGUCCCAGGUAGUAUAUUUGAUUUAUAUAUUUUGAGUGAGUAAAUGAACAAACUAAGGUUUUGGUAAUUGAAAUCUUUGAAAUUUUUUUAGCUAUGUGCAGUCAGAUUAGAAGAUUAGAAGGCUCAGCCUUAAGAAGUUGGAUUCUGAAUUUAUUUUCACAGAUUCCUUAAAGAUUGCUCCCAUUCCCUGGAUAUUGCUUUCUGCUUAUUAUUCUUUAAAACUUAAUUGGAAGCAAGCAGCCAAAUCAAAUCUAAUGAGAAUAAGUAGGCCUAUAUUUCUUCAACAGCCAAUGAGAAAAUAAGGUUCAAGAUACUGAUUCAUUUUAGUGAUUUUGAGGAAUUAAAUGAUACUUACACACUUGCUUUCUGAUUUUAAAAAUAAUUGAGUGAUUUUUAAGCCAUCUGAAAUUCUGUGACAGGCAGUCACAUUUGAUAGACACGUUUUCAGCCAAGGUGAAAGCUUAUCUCUUUGUGAAUCAAAUUGUCAUACUGAAUAUAAUGUAACUACUUUUUUGUGACUCAGGGCCAUCAUGAAAAAUUAUUUUAAUAUUCUGCUUACUGAAAUGCCCUAAGACUUUUUGUAUUUAGCGCAUUAAAAAAUGCCUGGCAGUG